AUGGUAAGUGAUGAGAAUGUGGUGCGCGACCCCGAAUUCAAGACCACCGCUCACAACCCCAGGGCUGAACGGUUAGGGGCAUUCGGAGAGAACAACCGUCUCCCCCGAAGUGUGCAAGCGAUUUACCUCCGACCUUUGCGGAGGAAGGCAGAAUACGGUCUACCAGUUUGCAACCUCCAAUUGCGAUCCUACAGCGUCCGUAACGUGGAAUUCUUUGCGGACUUCGCCAUUCGCGCCGCCUACUACCUCAACCUCCCCGUGUCCGGACCCGUGCCUCUCCCUCGUAUCACCGAGCGUUGGACUGUCCCCCGAAGCAACUUCGUGAAUAAGAAGAGCCAGGAGAACUUCGAGCGAAUCACCCUCCGCCGACUCAUUCAGAUUAAGGAUGGAAACCCCCAAUCCGUGCAAGUCUGGCUUGCCUUCCUCCGCAAGCACGCAUUCUAUGGUGUUGGUAUGAAGGCAAAUGUUUGGGAGCACGAUAGUCUCGAUGUUGGCCAGAAGAUGGAUAAGUCUGCCUCCGAGGUGAAUGACAUCCUUCGCUCUGACCUUGAGAACUUUGUCGGCAGAGGAUCUCGGUCCCUCCCCGAGACCGCAGAGCCUACCGCAGAGCGGUCAUAG